AUGACAAUAACGAUAGAAACACGUUUAGGCGCUAUCUUCCAACCGAUGCUGCUAACGAACACAUCCGCACGGCACUACGGAACGACGCAAGAUACAAGACAUGGUAUCGGCACCGCUGAAACCGGCUACGUCAUUCGAUUUAAGAACACAGAGUCGGCAGAGGCAGCCCGCAACAACACCAAGCUGGUAAAACCACGAUUCGGUGUCGUCGUACACUGGAACCCUACGCAGGAAUUUGACCUAGAAGUAGGAUUAAGCAGUCAUCUGUCUCCGCUGUUAGAAAGUUUAUAUGAAUUGAUCACAUCCGAGUAA